AUGCAAAGCGAGCAAGGGGAGAACUACCAGCCCACCUGCGUCACAGCGCGUCUGGAGGAGAUGACGAUGGAGGAAGAACAAACAGUGCAAACCCCGCCGAUCGGCCCUCCAAGCGGACCCAACUUUGUCAGCUGUCAUUCUCCUUCUCCAGUUGCAGACGACACUGACCAGACCAGCUUUGAGCUUGAGACUCCCUCUUCUCUCCCUCGAAUGUUCGCGCUUACGACUCGCACACAGUCUGGUUUCAUUAUAUUCUAA